CACCGCCCAAUGGAAAUAGGGUACAAGUCCCCGGCAGCCCUGUGAUCCCCGCAAGAGGCUCCAGAACCACCGCCGUCCCUCCUAGCCCUUUGAUGGGGCGCCACCCGAUGGCCAGUGGCCACACUACGCCCGAUGACAGACAGGGGGCACCACCCACACCCUCCUUCCCAGUGUCGCCCCAGCCGAUGCUUCCAGAGAAGAGGCGGAUGCCCAGUGGAGAGAGGUCCAAUGGGGGGCURUCGUAUGGGACUGUGGAUGGGAAGACCACCACACCCACCUUACCCAGUGGAGGCAGCACGCCCAGUGUGUCCACCUCUCACACCCUACCCGACCUCUCCAAAUUCUCCAUCUACGACCAGAGUCCAGACAUCAGGCUGAACGUGAAGUUUGUCCAGGACACGUCUAAGUUCUGGUACAAGCCAGACAUCUCCCGAGAGCAGGCCAUCAGUCUGCUGAGAGACAGGGAGCCAGGGGCCUUCGUCAUCAGGGACAGUCACUCCUUCAGAGGGGCCUACGGCCUGGCCAUGAAGGUGGCCUGCCCACCUCCCACCGCCCAGGCCAACAAGAAAGUUGGUGACAUCACAAGCGAGCUGGUGAGGCACUUCCUGAUUGAGACGAGCCCCAAAGGCGUGCGUCUGAAGGGCUGUCCCAACGAACCCUACUUUGGAUGUCUGUCUGCCCUGGUGUACCAACACUCGAUGACUCCUYUGGCCCUGCCCUGCAAGCUGAUGAUCCCCAGCAAAGAUCCCAAUGAGGAGGCCCUGGAGCUGGACACUCCCACUGACACAGUGGCCGAGCUGGUGAAACAAGGAGCAG